AUGGCGAAGGAGGUCAGCAAAAAAAAUAAAGAACGUCGUGGGAAGCAGACAAUGAUGGAUACUACAAGGACAAAAAGUUUUGCACGUGUUUCUGCCGAGAUUGAGGAAGAACAAUGUAUUCAGCUUUCUCGUGUAGAUUUAUUCAUCCGCACACAUGUAAAUAAGGAUGGCAAAGCUACUGAUGCUGCUGCUUCGGAGAUGAUUGAAAACAUAAGAGAACUUCAAAAAAGUUACUCUGACUCGCCUAUUGGCAGCUCCAAUGAUUUGUUCUCCAUUGUGAGGGGAGAAGAGAGAACUGGUCAUGUGCGAAUGCUUGGUUUCGGGCCUACACCAAGCGAUGUUUGGGGGCCCUCUCCUAGUAAAGCUGAACUGAUUAAUAAUGCUAAAAAAUCCCAGGAGGAGGCACGUGCUACACGUGUAGAGUUGCAGAAGACGAUUUCAAAAAUGCAAGCCGACUAUGACAACAAGUUGGAAAAUUUACGAGCCAACUACGACGACAAGUUGGAAAAUUUACAACAACAGGUGGCUAUGCUAAUGCAGAUGCAACAACAAAAUUGUAGUGGACAGGAUUCUGAUUCUUUAAAUGCUCCUCCUAGAGUAUCCACAAAUCCAUUUUCUAAUCGUGAUGCCAAUUCAGUUAAGAACUAUAUUCAAGAUAUAGUAAAGGCAGAGAGUAAUUUGGAGAAGUCUGGGAAGCAACAGAGAGGGAAGAAACAGAAAAUUGGCCGGAGACGUUAG